AGCGACGCCUAGUGGUCGGUUUCGAAAGUAGUUGGUUUCAUGUGGUUGAUUUGUUUUGAUAAAUCAGUGUUUAUGCAAGAGUUUUAUUAAAAUUGUUUAAGCAGAAGUGGCUUAAAAUGUCGAUUACUGGUUUUUUCAACAAGCAAAUCCUGUCUGGAAUUCUGAGAUGUCAGCAUAACCAACAAAUAGCUACGCUUAAGCACUUUGCACCUCCCAUUGAUUAUUCAAAUGUUGAAAUGCCUGAUCGGCCGAAGCUACGUUUCGUGGAUAAAGUUCCGAUUCUACCGGCCAACUUGAGGGCCCCAAAAAUGCAAAAGAAACUUAAAUUUAUGCGAGGACCGGAAUUGGUUCACCAUGAGUUUCUACACAAACAGUAUGGCAUCGUGGCCACCGGAGGAGGACGUUUACGGUGGGGUCACUUCGAAAUGAUGCGUCUCGGCAUCGGUCGAAAGAUGGAUAUCAGCCGGAUGUUUGCCAUCUGGCGAGUGGAAGCUCCCUGGCAACCGAUUACCAAAAAGGGUCAGGGUCAGCGAAUGGGAGGUGGCAAAGGCGCUAUCGAUCAUUACGUGACCCCGGUGAAAAGUGGUCGGGUUAUCCUGGAGAUGGCCGGCAAGUGCGAAUUUGCCGAGGUCAAACCGAUUCUGGAAACGGUGUGCCACAAACUGCCCUUUAAGGCAAUGGUUGUUUCGCAUGAAAUGCUCCAGGAAAUGAAGGCCGAAAGUGAACGAUUGCAGAGGGAGAAUCUGAACCCGUACGACUUCAAAUACAUCAUCCAGAACAAUUUGGGCGGGUGUCAUCGAUGGCUGUCACCGGUUGACCACAAGUGGUUUGGAAAAUAUCAUUAAAGAGAGAAUAAAUUAGUUCGAUAUUACA